UAAUAAAAAAGCCAUCGUCGUCCAUCAACAAACAGUAUAUAUAUAAAAGGAAACCCUAUCAAUCAAAACGCCAAAAACCUUAAUUUUCAAAACAAAUUAAAAAAAGAAAACAAACGAAGACCAGAAAACAAAUAAUCAUGGCAUAACAGAGAUUAAUGGCUAGGGAACACCAAAGGACCGCACAACCUUGGGGCACGUUAGAGGAGCUAUUGCUAGCAUGUGCCGUGAACCGCCACGGUACCCAGAGCUGGGACUCCGUCGCUGUUGAAGUACAGAACCGAACCACCACUCUCUCCUCCCUCACUUCUCAACACUGUAUAGACAAGUUCAACGACCUUAAACGCCGGUUCAUGCCCUCAAACGGCACAUCUGCCAGCCUCGUUUCCAUGGUCGAUGAACUCCGUAGGAUUCGCGUGGAGGAGCUUCGACGCGAGGUCCAACGACGUGAUGUGUCGAUCGUGUCGCUUGAAUUAAAGGUAAAGAGAUUAGAGGACGAGAGAGAGCGCAGUUUGAGAGAAGAGGCAGAUCUGGCGAGGGAGAAAGGGACCUCUCCGGAACUAAUCGUCGGGAAAUCCGCCCACGGUAACGAGUCUAGUGAUGAGCGAGAUAAUCGAUCUUUCAACGAGUCAAACUCCACCAGUCAACAAAAAGCUGAAAGGACAACGAUGACAGAUCAAAACGACGCCGUAAAUGGAGAGCCUGAUAUAAAACCCAAACCAGCAAAUACAAAUGAGAAGAAUCCGGUUCAUACUGGAUCCGACCCAGAGGCUGAGAGGGAUUGGUCCCACAACGGUAAGUUGCGCGAGGUUGAUGAUGACGAAAAUGAUAAAAUACCGACGGAUAAAAAGGAACCUGAAAUAAAAACGAGUCAGACGACGGGUGGGCUCGGCGAGUCGAAUGAGCUGGGCGAGUCGGUGGGAGAGUCUAAGCGGGAAGAUAAAGAGAAGCAAAAUAGUGACGUGCAAAGCUCAGCUAGCUUGUCACUGAAGAGGAAUAAUCGACGUCGUAAGUUGAUUACUGGCGGUGGAAACGGGGUUGGAGUUGGUAGCAGUAGUGGAGAGGAGCCCGAAGGUGGUGACGAGGUUUCUCCCGCCAUGAAGCGGAUGCCUGCCGUCAAAUCUGAGCCGUUAGUUAAACUCCUAGGGAUCAUUCGGUCUCAUCGGCUUGGCUCUGUGUUCGAGCGGCGGCUUCAAAGUCAGGAAUCUAAAAGGUACAAAAAAUUGAUCAAGCAGCAUAUAGAUCUUCAAAUGAUUCAAUGUAGGCUUGAUGAAGGGGCCUACUCUCUAUGUCUUCAAAAAUUUUUCAGAGAUCUUCUCCUUUUAUUCAACAAUGCUAUUACUUUCUUUGGAAAAAAUUCACCAGAAAAUCUUGCUGCUCGUGACCUCCUAACUAUAGUUCGGAAGGAAAUGACGGAGAAGCUUUGUGAAGCAAAACCUGAACCUGUCACUGUGAAACCUAUACCCAUACAACAACCCAUUUCGUUUUCAAAGCCCAACAAAUCUUGUACCAUCGUUGUGUGUGGCAAGGGAAAUUCAGCAAAGGGAAUAUCUGAAAGUGCCACUAAAAAGGUUGAUAAAAAAGAUAGGGAGGGUGAAAACAAAACAAAAGCAAAUGAGAAAAAGAUUGAAGGUUCCUUUGUUAGGAUUGAGGAGAAGGGCACAAGGAAGAAAAUGACAAAAGAGAGGUCGAUAUCCUGUCAUAGAAAUUCUAAUAACACCAAAAAAAAUGGAGAGAUAAAGCAUCAGUAUGGUGGCAAUGAGCUUAGUUCCCAUGAUGCUUUGGAGAUGAAGGUGGAAAGAAAAGGAAGUAGCACAAGGAAGAGGCAAGGAGCAGCUAGCUUUUUGAAAAGAAUAAAGCAAAAUUCACCGAGUCAAGUUAUGGAGAAUGAUGUUGAAGAUGAUUCCUCUGAGGAUGAGAGUAAAGAUGAGAAAGAAAAAGAGGAGAAAGGAAAAAGAGGAAGAAAUAGAGAUGGAAUUACAGAAAGAGUUACAAGGAGUUCUAGGGCUAGAGAAGAGAGUGGAAGUGCAAAGAGAAUUGGAAGGCCACCAAAGAAGCAGGCAAAAAGUACAGUGGAGUCGGGUGGUGGCAUAAGGAAGAAGAGAGGGAGAGAUAAUGGUGAUGCACGUGUAGAGGUUGGAGGUGGGAGGGCAAGGAAGAGGUCAAGGAGGUGAUGAUGAUUGCUGUAUGAUGUGAUUAUUGUUCGGAGUUAUAUAUAUGGAUUUUUUUUUCAAAUGCUUAUAAGUUUAGAUUGUUACUAUUCAGUGAUAAAUGAGAGAGGAUUAGAAGAGAAUGAGAUUGUAUUAUGAACUUGUAAAAGAAUGUUUGUAGUAGUCAUUGCAUAUACAUAGCAUAUGUAGAUAGGGAUCACAUGAAUGAUAGGUCAUCUUGGGUUU